AUGAGGAGGCAGAGCAUCUCAUCUGAUGCAGAUCUCGAGAGCGGCGACUUGACGCACACACUGCAAGAGGAGCAGGGGACCAAGUCCAAGACCAAGAAGUCAGUCCUGAGCUCGACAUGGCGGAAGCUCCGCCGCAGGUCGCCCAAGGACAAGGCAGGCCAGUCCUCUCCCGCCAAGGAGACGCCAAAGGAAGGUGCCGGCGGCGCGGGAAGGCGAUCAAAGAGCACAUCCAAGAAGAAGAACAGGAAGGAGGAGGCUGAGCCAUCGCAAGUUUCUCCUGAGCUCCUGCAGAUGGUGAAGUACCUCGGGAUUCAGGAGCAUGAGAAAGAAUUCUUUUGGGUCGCAGAAGAAGCUCUAAGAGCCACUCUACCGGAAGGCUGGGAGGAGUACAAGACAGAGGAGGGAGCUACAUACUACUUCUCUUCUAUCUCGGGGUAUGAAGAGCUCCUGACGUUGAUCGUGCUGGCUGUGACCGUCCUGUAA